AUGGAAACAGGUGCUCGGGAGACCACUUUCUGGCUGCCACCGCGAGCUAGCUGUCUGAGGCGCAGCACCUCGGUUUCCCAAAUCUGGGACCACUCUCCGCGGAGCCUGAGCGGGGCCCCUGGGUCGGGGUCUCCGCCUGCCUUCCGGGGAGCCGCAGCCAUAGCUCGCCCUGCUGGUCCGCUGAGGCGCCGGCCGUGGGUCCAGGCCUCCCGGGGCCGCCCGGGCUCAGCAUGCCCGCCCUGCGUGAAGCUGACCAUCCAGGCCUACUGCAAGAUGGUGCUGCACAGCGCCAAGUAGCCCCACUGUGCCGUCAACGGGUUGCUGGUGGCCGAGAGGCAGAAGCUGCGCAAGAAGCACCUGCCCCUGGGCGGUGCCGGCACCCACCACAUCCUCUUCGUCAGCUGUGUCCCCCUCUUCCACAGCACCCUGGCCCUUGCCCCCAUGCUGGAGGUGGCCCUCACGCUGAUUGAUUCCUGGUGCAAAGACAACAGCUGUGUGAUUGCCGGUUAUUAUCAAGCCAAUGAGCGGGUGAAGGAUGCUAGUCCCAACCAGCUAGCUGAGAAGGUGGCUUCCAGGAUAGCCGAGGGCUUCAGUGACAUGGCUCUCGUCAUGGUCGACAACACGAAGUUUACCGUGGACUGCCUGGUGCCCACGACCCACGUGUACGAGCACCACGAGAACAAGUGGCGGUGCAGAGACCCUCACUACGAUUACUGUGAAGACUGGCCUGCAGCCCAGAGGAUCUCGGCCUCACUGCUGGACAGCAGCUCCUACGAGACCCUCGUGGACUUCAACAACCACCUGGAUGACAUCCGGAAUGGUUGGACAAACCCUGAGAUCAACAAAGUGGUCCUCCACCUGAGUUAG